CUGAAACAUAUGUAAUGGUUUUCACCGCCAAUGAUGGUAUUGUUUCGAAAUCUCAAUUAAAGCAGUUGACCUCCUUAUCGCUUUUUAUCUAUUUGUGACCUAUCAUGACACAUACGCUGAAGAACAUAUGGCACAAGGUGACAGCCCCAGACUCGCCACCACCAAACGAACCAUUGCCGCCGUCCGAAGAUCAGAUUGAUAUUCCUACAUUUCCUGCAUAUGAUCCCGUCAUGAGCGAGAUUUACCGUCACCGACGGCAUGUUGGUGUCAAUUUAGGAUCCAUGUUCAUUCUGGAAAAGUGGCUAUGCCCGCCAGCCUUGUGUUCUUGGAUUAUUUCCAAACCCUGGGAAUCAGAACUAGACUUUCUUAACGCUGCAGGACCGGCACUACAAGCUCGAGAAGCGCUUGAAGAGCACUGGCGAACGUUCAUAACUGAGUCCGAUUUUGAAUGGAUGCAGUCGAUUGGAAUCAAUGCUGUUCGCGUACCCAUAGGUUACUGGGUUGCCGGACAAGACUUUAUGAUUGGCGAUUUUAAGAAAUACCAAGGCGUCUACGAUUCAGCAUGGGCGAGACUUUUAACUGUGAUUGAUAUGGCUGGGAGGCAUAAUAUUGGCGUUUUAAUUGACUUGCACGGUGCACCAGGAGGUCAAAACGGAGAUACUCAUUGUGGAAUUUCGACCCAUAGGGCGGAGCUUUUCAACUCUAAUCACACAAUGGAUGUCGCCCUUCAAGCCUUGACGCGGUUGGCGAAAGAUCUAGCACCCAUCAAUCACAUAAUUGGUCUCCAAGUACUAAACGAACCAAUCGAUCACCCUGAGUUAGCCACCUUUUAUCAAAAGGCAUACAAAGCCAUUCGGUCUGUGCAUCCUGACAUUGUGCUGCCUAUUUACUUUGGCGAUGCGUGGAACAUAAAAAAGUAUUCAACAUGGCUGAACCAAUCUGCCAUGAAGUUUGUGGUCGUCGAUACCCACCAAUACUUUUGCCACAUGCCAGCUGAUCAUGCCAAAUCUGUCGAGCAGCACAUAAAGGAUGUACAAACUAAUAUUGCCUCUCAACUCCAGUUUAGCGCAAACAAUGUGACUGGCAAUGUGAUUGUAGGGGAAUGGAGUGUCGUACUCAAUGGAAAAAGUAUUGAGAAAUCCCGACGAAACGAUGCCGAAGCUAUGAAAUCAUUUGGUCAAGUCCAACAAGCUGUCUACGAUCAAAACUGUGCAGGCUGGUUCUACUGGAAUUACCGAACUGGCGAUGACGGCUGGUAUUGGAGUUUCCGUUAUUGCGUCCGUAAUGGCAUUAUGCCGUCGCAUUAUCACCAAGGACAAAUAUCCCCGGAUGCUGUGCAAAAAGUACACCAGCAAGCCAAGGAAGAAACGGACAAACGAAUGGAAACGGCUUUCACACAACAUACUAACUAUUGGAGCAAUCAUGGACUGCCAAAUUGCCCUGAUUUCUGGCGAUUUCAGGAAGGAUUUAAGGCUGGCUCUACUGUUGCCCUUCGGUUUCUGACUAAUGGUCAGGGUAGUAGAAUAGGCUUCAAACGCCAGCUGACAGUGGAGUACAGUGAUGACCAUCUGCGGCGUCAUCACGGAAGCACCAAAUCUGUCUUGUGGCACUUUGAACAUGGUUUUGUGCAAGGCUUGGAAGCCAUUGACCAGAUUAUCCAGCAAACAAUUGCAAGAUAAUGAUGAUGUGUUUUCUAAUAAACAAACGUUCGUUAAAAUAGCGAUUUCCAAUGU